AUAGUUAUGGUGUUGAGAUCACGUCCCCAAUAAUUGAGGUGAACAACGUAAAGAUUGACUUCAAUGGAUUAACAUUCCCGAUGGAAAUUCGAAAAAUAAAAGAGUUCACUCAACGAAACCCUCACAUAAGUUUAAAUGUUUUCGGGUAUGAUGAGGAAUCUGACAAAAUAAUUGGACCGCUUUACUGCGAUGGAGUGGAAAUGAGAAUCCACAUUAAUUUAUUAUUCGUCGACGGACCAACGGCGGGUUUUCAUGGACACUAUGUGUGGAUUAAAAAUAUUUCAUCUCUACUUGCCAAACAACUGGGUAAACAUCGAGUUAAGCGUUGGUUCUGUAAUCAAUGCUUACAAUACUCAACGAGUGAGGAGAGGGCGGCUCAACAUACAUUGAGAUGUAGUCGGGUGGUUACCGAGGGACCAAGGAAGGAUCAGAAGAUUACCUUUAAAAACCAUCACCGUCAGUUGGAGGUUCCGUUCAUCGUGUAUGCAGACUUUGAAUGCAUAUUGGAACCAGUAACAUUAGAUAACUGGAGGUGUCGAUUGUCCUGGGUAAGUGCCUUACCUCGCCGAUCACUACAAUGGUACUUACCUAAAGUGACCCUAUGUAAAUCGAACGUCGAACCACCGAGUCGCUCGAGUUUGCAAUGGCCCUAUGAUAAGUCCUUACCUCGCGAUCACUACAUAGAUUCCAUAACUGAGGACCAGUGA